UUCAGGAGAGGCGGAGAUAACACACACCGUAUGUAGGGCACAGUCUCCCCUUAAUAGAAAAGUCACAGCUUUAUGGGUUUGAUAGUUGUGCAAUAAGGCGAUCAUUGGAAAGUCAGCAGGCAACUUAACAACAUAACAACAUAACAGGAAGUGCUGAUAUUUUGCUUUUCACUAUGGAUUGCACACGCUGGUAACGACACAUACAGCAGCUCCCUCUCUGGGCUUCCAAAGUUUGAAAAGAAUGUCUGGGAAAGACCGUCAGGUUUUUCAGACAUGAACUUAUAGAAGGGGUUUUACCAUAUUAUCCAUCAUCCAAGGAUGUCAUGUGCAACUUAAUGGGUCAGCUCCUUAAGUUAUAUUAUUUUUGGAUCAAAAGGAUAUGUCUGUUUCUGGCUUAUAACUAUACAGUGGUACAAAUGGUUACUACAUCAGAGGAACAUCGUCUUUAUGCAAUUAAAGAUAAUAUUGACUACAUUAAGAAGAUAUAUGUGCAGUUAAAUCGGGCCAAUUAUCAGAACUCACCCAUAAUGCUUUAUACAGCAGGGCAGAACAUAACAGAUGCUUGCUAUAAAGCUGUCUUGCACUGUUAUUACCUUGAGAUGAAAACCAUUGUAGAAGAGCUAAUUGUUUUGAAAGCUAAAGAUACAGGAGAACAAAAGCUUUUACACUUAGAGGAAAAUCUCAACAUCUCACCCACAUUCACACAAUGGGGCGACUGUGCAAGAUGCGAACAGUUUGAAGAAAGAACUUUCACAGUCUUUAUAAAGGCAUUUGAAGAAUUUAUCAAAAUGUUAAAUGUUAAAGAAUACAAUUAUCAAGAUGGUCCUUAGAUGUUUCACUUCGUCUGAUCUGACUCUUUCAUAAUAAGUAAGCUAAACCUUUACUCAGAUGUGAAUGGACAUGUCCAAUGUUUCCUUGGAAAGCUGGAGUUCCUCAUGCGACACUUAAAGGGGCUUUAAAUUAACUUUUAGUAUGAUGUAGAGAGGGAUAUUCUGAGACAAUUUGCAAUUAGUUUUCAUUUUUUUCAUUUGUGGCUUUUAAGUUAUUUAGCUUUUUAUUCAACAGCUCUCCAAUUUGCAGUUUCAGCUAUCUGGUUGCUAGGAUCAAAAUACUACAAAUACAUAUUGAUGUUUUGUAAUCAAUUUUUCCUUCUCACAGUUUCGAGAAAAAAAAAAUCCCUCGUACAAUAAAGCUGAUAUUAGUAGGAAUAAUAACAAAGGUUAAAAGGGGACCUGUCAUCUCAAGAAAUAAUUCCAAUUCCUAUUUUAUGAUGUAAGUCAAGCAAAAUAAACUUCACUUACACUAUAAAAAAUUAUUUUUUUAGACUUUGAAUUUACAGUCACAGAAGGCAGGCAGCCGCCAUUUUAUGGACAUUGUUAUUGAGACAAGUUUUGCAUUAUGCCAAAAUCUAGUUUAUGCACCAGAAUGGGACACCUGAUGCCCAUGCACUGGCUACACAAUAAGACCGUGGGGAGAGAGGGGGAAUGUGAGAAGUGACAUCUAGGAAUUGCUGAAUGAAAAGUGAAAAGUAAUUGUCUGCCCCACUUCUACGCUUAAGGCAAUAGCUGAGAUGUUUUUAUUUAAGAAAAUUUUCAAGAAUUAAACUUUCAUAGAAAAUGACAUUGUUUGAGAAAUUUCAUUGUUGAUACAUAGUUAUACAAUGUUUUGGAAAUAUUAAACAGUUACACAAUUCAA